GUCGUCGUCCGCCGCCGCACCGCCGUCUACCCUCCGAUUGGGCGAUCGAUACCUGGGAGUUCAGCCCCAUCAACCUCUAGGUCCCCUCUCGCCCAUUCCAGGUACGUGUUCGGUAUCACCUUGUCGGUUGCAUGCUGCAAGCUAGUGAGACGAAUGGUUUUUGUUGGUUGCGCAACCUGCUUGGGGCUAACACGGAAGCUCUUUUGUUUCUUGUCCCCUCUCCCUAGGCACUCCAAACGACCCAAUGUCUCUAUCACGCAGUCCCUCACCCGUACCCGGUGGCGGCUGGGCUAGUCCAGGCCUCAACCUUUCGAGCGGUCAAUCGAGCCCAAGAUUGAGCGGGACGCCGGUCAUGUGGGGAUCAGCGAGACAAAAAAGGGGCGGCGGCGGCGGCGGCGCGGGAUACCCUUCCUUUUCCACCAGGAACCAGGGCUUCUUUGGUCGGCACAUGCGCCGCCUGUCGAGUAGCCUGCCUCGCUUCAGCACGAGCCCACACUACGCCGAGAAGGAGAAGCUUGGUCGCGGCAGGUGGUCAGUCCACCACCUCCCGCUGCUUGGGAGGAUACGAGGCAUCAUGGCCCGUAUGGGCAGGAAGAUGAAGAUACGAUUGCUGAUCUUGCUCAUGAUCCUGCUCCCCAUUUACGUCUUCUACCACAGCCCCUUGGUAUUUUACUGGCGGAGAUCCCCAUGGCUCGGCGGAGGGAAGAAGUUCGUCAUAAUACUGGGGGCUAACGUCGGCGGCGGCGUGAUGGACUGGAAGGGUGCCCGUGAAUGGGCCAUCGAGCGAGACUCGCUCCGGAAUAAGAAGAAAUACGUGGCUCGCUGGGGUUACGAGCUCGAGAUCGUAGACAUGAGUACCAAGAAGCGGUAUGCCCAUGAGUGGCGGGAGAGCUGGGAGAAGGUCGAUUUCCUCCGCACAGCCCUGAGGAAAUACCCCGAGGCCGAAUGGUUCUGGUGGCUUGAUCUGAACACGUUCAUUAUGGAGCCUACUUAUUCGCUCCAAGCGCACAUCUUCGACGACCUCGAGAAGAACGUCUACCGAGACAUCAACGAAUACAACCCGCUCAACAUCUCGCAUCCCUUCACCGACCCAUACCUCGAUGCCGAGUCGCAGAGCCCGAUCGGCGACGGCAAGGCCGGCUCCAUCAACCUCGUCCUCUCGCAGGACUGCUCCGGGUUCAACCUGGGCUCCUUCUUCGUCCGCCGGAGCGAGUGGACUGACCGGCUGCUGGACGUGUGGUGGGAUCCCGUAGCGUACGAGCAGAAGCACAUGGAGUGGGCGCACAAGGAGCAGGACGCCCUGGAGCAGCUGUACAUUGCGCAGCCGUGGAUUCGCAAACACACGGCGUUUUUGCCGCAGCGCAUGAUCAACAGCUUCCCGAGCGGCGCGUGCGCCGAGCACGGCAACGACGCGCGCAUCCACUACCACGAGAAGGACCGCGACUUCCUCGUCAACAUGGCCGGCUGCGAGUGGGGCCGCGACUGCUGGGGCGAGAUGUACAACUUCCGCGAGCUCAGCUACUACCUCAACCGGUCCUGGUGGGAGCGCUUCAAGGAGGACUUUUUGGCGCUUAUCUGGUUCAAGCUCACGGGACAGAGGGUGAAGUUUUAAGAGGCGUCGACCAUCCUGGGAGAAGGAAGGUGCGGGGGGAAUUGUUGCGCAAAAUAUGAGCCACUGCA